AUGAAAGGCCCCACCACCAUCCUCCUGGCCCUCCUUAGCCUCACACCUCUCGCCCUCGCCGGAGGCAAGAAGAACUUGUGCAGAGACCGCGGCUUCGAUAUCGACCGCUACCGCGAGGCAUGCGAAAAAGUCGGACAGCCCAUCAGCCUCUGGGGCAAGUGUCAAAUCACCUGCGACCAUCUCCCCACCUACGAGGAGUGGAAAAAGAAGCAGACUUCCAAGAACGCCAUCCACAAGUUCAUCACGGGCCACGACCUGGAUCCCACCAUUCUGCUUCCUCCUCCUCGUGCUGCAUUCGCGGCUUCCACCACUUGUGAGAUCGAGACCGCGGAGACUGUCUCGAGCCUUUUUGCCGAGGAGACCGCCGCCAAUGUGCUCUCUCCCCGUCUUGAGCCGGUUUCCGAGCCCGAGAUCACCGCGGCACCGGCCCCUACCUCAAGAGCCGCCCUGUCGUCUUCACUCCAGGCAGAGGCUUCCGCCCUCGCCGCAAAGGCCUCCUCCUUCGCCAUUGUCCUCGACACUCCCAAGUCCGACAACGUUGCAAGUUCGGUCACGGUUACCGUCGAGAAUCUCGUCGCCAAGUGCACGGGGUCCGCAAAGGCCUUGACUACAAAGGCCCCUGGUAACAGCACCAUCCCCACCCCGACCGCUCGUCAAUCCACGGUCAAGAACCAAAUCCUGGCCGCGAACUUGACCACUACCUGGGCGCCGGCCAUCAAGACCGCACUCUCCAAUGGCUCGAACAAUGCCAUUAUCUGGUCCAUGGCCGCGUUGUGGGUCGGUGUUCAGGUUGUGUUCCUGACAGUCAUGUAG